CAAAGCACUCAGUGUGGCAGCACUCAAGCAAGCUAUCAAAGAAAUGAGAAGCAAGAGAACUUCACAUCAUAUGAAAAUUUGCUAAGAGAUUACCUGUGGGACAGAGAGUUCACACUGUCAUGGCUAAGAGAAGAAGGGCUGAUUGCGUCGAGUAGAAAUUGCACUAUGUGUGGAUCGGAAAUGAAUUGGGUUCGGCGGGGAGACCGAUCCCAUGGCUACAUCUGGGAAUGUAGGAGGCAGAUUAAUGGUAAGCGGCAUAGAUGUGAGAGGAGCAUCAGAGAAGGAAGUUGGUUUGAAAAUUCGAACAUGACAAUUGAAGAGGUGUUGAAAUUUACGUACUGGUGGUGCCAGGACUUAAACCAGUAGCAAAUUAAACAACAGCUUGGACUUGGCUCGCACACAGCGGUUGACGGGGACAUGUUUUGUCGUGAAGUAUGUGAGGUGGCAUUGUUCGAUGGAAGGGAGAAAAUUGGCGGUCCAGGGAAACUGGUUCAGAUUGAUGAAAGCAAAAUUGGAAAGAGAAAGUACCAUCGUGGACAUGUAGUGGAGGGUCAGUGGGUUUUUGGCGGCAGCGAGGAAGAUUCACGAAAAUGUUUUAUUGCGACCGUAGAAGACAGGACGGAGGAAACUUUGCUAAAUCUAAUCAAAGAAUGGAUUGAACCAGGAACAUCAAUUGUGUCCGAUUGCUGGAAGGGGUACGUAAAUCUUUCAAAACAUGGGUACAUUCAUAAGACAGUAAACCACUCCGUGGAGUUUGUUGACGAGGAAGGUUUCCAUACAAACAAGAUAGAAGGGCAUUGGCAGCAAAUGAAAGCGAAGCUUCCGACGCACCAUCGUAAAAAAGAACACUACUCAUCAUACCUAGCUGAGUUCAAAUGGCGAUAUAUCCACAGUGGAGAAGAUUUGUGGAAAGUGUUUUUAAAUGACAUUAAGAAAAUUUACAAAUUUAAAUAA